CCUCUCCAUAGCUCACAGCCCAUUUCUGCUGAUGAUAAAAUCCGAUGACCCCCUCUUUCUCCCCGUUCCAUCAACCAAACAUCGUAGCCUACGUACGUGGUGUGGGUGUCUACUACUGUCCAUACAUUCACCCACCACCGCAACAACACCCCCACGAGUCAAAAAUAUGCCUACCCCUACAAUUCUCCUCAUCCCCGGCUUCUGGGAAGGGCCGACCGUCUACACCCACCUCACCACCCUCCUCACCACCGCCGGCUACCCCGUGGAGACGGUCGCCCUCCCCAGCACCGGCACCGCUUCGCCCGGCAACCCGACCAUGAAAGACGACAUCGCCUCCCUCCGCGCCGCCAUUUCACGGCUGGUCUCGCGCGGCGACUCCGUGGUGCUCGUCCUGCACUCGGCCGGCGGGUUCCUGGGCUGCGAGGCCAUGCAGGGCCUUGAUCGCGGGGCCCGCGGCGGCGAGGGCGGCUUCGUCGGGAUCGUGUUCCUGGCGGCUGCGGUGUUUCCUGUGGGGUUGGAGCAUAAGCCGUUGCCGUUUGCUUGGGUGGAUGGCGGCGCAUCGUACUGUGCGAAUCCCCAGACGCUGCUGUUCGGGGAUCUGUCGGAGGAGGAGCAGAGGAAGUGGACGGGGGUGCUCAGGUCCCAGGCGGCGCAGGGCUGGGAUGCCACGGUCGAGUAUGCCGGGUGGCGGGAUGUGCCCAGCGUGUAUCUGGUGUGUGAGGCGGAUCAGGCUUUGCCCGUGGGGUUGCAGGAGCAGUUGGCUGCUACGGCGGGCAGUCGGGUUGAGCGGUGCAGUGCGGGCCAUGUGCCGCAGGUUGGCCAGCCGGAGAGGGUGGCUGAGGUGGUUUUGGGGGCGGUUGCCGAGUUUACGGAGUCGUGAGUUUGGGGGAGAUGGUAAGGUGUGGUGGCUGCUAUGGGCGUGGUUGGAGUGCGGUGUAUAUAGCAUAUAGCAUAUAGCAUACAGUAUAGGCCUGGCGUCUGCGUAU